AUGCCAUUCUAUGCACAUCAAAUCUUCGAGAUUCAUUCUUUGGAACGUAAUGAGCAAAUUAUUGAUUUAUCAUCAUUCAAUAACACAUCUCAAUCUAUAACACAAAACAUGGAUUCGUCUAACAAUAUCCAAUCUAUGUCUUCUAUAAUUCCAUCAUGGAUAAUCUCUCCAGAUAUGCAACAAAUUAUUAGUAAAUUUGAAAAUAAAAUUUUGUGUCAAUUUCCAUAUCUUUCUCCAACUCCUAAUAAAAUUGAUCUUGUGCCUUUAGAAAAACGUAGAUAUUUAUCUCCCAUCUUGCAUUGUUUGCUAGGCCAACCCCAAAUCAACACAUCAACAAUUCUUUUACUUGAUAAUUCUAUAACAAAUGCUGUUAACUGGCGCAAAGAAAAUAAUCUCUACUUGCAUAGUUACUCUCAAAUGCUUACAUUUGAUCUAUCUAUGCAUCUACGUUUACCUAUAGCUACCUACUUACCUAAUGAUGAAAAUGUACUGCCAAUACAACAAGAUGAAAAAGGCUUUCGCAUGCUCAUAUUUCAUAAUCAAGAAUAUUGUAACACCCUUCGUGUAAUCAAUACUCUUAUUAUUGAAGAAAUUUCUAUGAUAUCUGGACUAUUAUUAAUAUAUAUAUCUAAACUAUUUGAAUAUUUACACCAAAAUAAUAAUCCAUUUGGUGGUAUUAAUGUCAUUUUAGUUGUAUGGGAUAUGUUAACACAAAAAUUCCAAGAAACAACUCAAUCAAUCCAAAUAAACACAACCCUUAACACUACCUAUGUAGUAGGUUAUCGCGAAACUGCUGAAUUAAUUAAUCGAACGAUUUGUGCUUCAAUUUCUACAAAUAAAGAUAAAAUCUUGAUCUCAAACUACACCGAUAUAAUAGAUAGACAAAUAUGCUCUGAUAAUUCAAGAUGCCAUGAAUUCACUAGUAAAACUAAUUUACCAAACACAAUAAGGAUUCAACCAGGUGCAAGAUACAUGCAUCAUUUUUAUCUUAAUGGCAUCCCUGCUAGUCGUACACAAUAUCCGAUACAAAAUGCCUUUGCUCUAACAAUUCAUAAAACACAAGAACUAACACUUCCUAAUAUAUCCAUGAACUUGGACAAUCAAAUUUUCAAAUCUGGACAAGCCUAUGUAGCCUUAAGUUGA